GGCGACUUUCGGAUCUUCCUUGGUCCCCUUUCACCCUAUGACAUACGAGCAUUUAGAGAGCAGACUUAAGCGAAAUUUUGACAUGGUCAUUUUUUCGCAGCUGCUGGAGAUGGAUCAUGAGGUGAAUCGUCUGAAUAGCUAUAUAAGGCUAUACGCAUAUAUUGCAGAGGCAACUAAUGUGAUCAAUAAAAUGAAAAGAGCUCUUUUCAAUAAAGACAAACCUCAGUUGCGAUCACUUUGUGACGAUCUUCAACGCAAAUCAGAAGUGCUAGGAAUGUACAGGAUCUGCGAGAGCCUUGAAAAUGUUCGAAUAGAGAGCACAAAAAUGGACGAGGAGGACAGGACGAAAGAUGUCUUUCACAAAAGAUGCAUCCCAUAUCUGUCAACUGCCAAAAACCGCUUGUGUACGAAUUUCAAAAAAAAAAAAAGAAAUUGUCACACAGGCCUUGCCGAGUAGUUGUGAAAAUGACUUUACCAUCGCCGUUCAAAAGCAGGCCUCUGUGGGCGUGUCUCUGGAUUAACGCACCCUCUAGGAAAUGGAGAUGUAGUUUUGACACCCUAGAUGGU